AUGUCCAUGUUAAUACGCAUGCGUAAAUUUCCCGCGCUGAUUUUCAAAAUGGCGGCAGUUCGUCGGUUGCUAGAAUCUCGACAUGUCUACACACAAAAUGAAUGGCUUGAGGCAUGCAUAAGCUUUGUCAAGGAUGAUAACGAGGUUUGAAUUCGUCUUCUUCAUUACUUUUGGAGUUUAACCACUUAAUAUAUUGUCUAAACUGCAAUGAAUCGAUCACAGGAGAGACAGCUGACAUCUACCCAACUGAACGAACUGGUGUAUGAGCAGUGGCUGAUGGCUGAAAUUCAAGAAUCUAGUCUUCCUCGCUUACCAGAGGGGCUCGGUAACACGGAUAUCUGCAAACUAGAGGGAUAUUUCAACCUACAGGUCUCUAUUUGCAUUCACGUUUGUGCUCUCUCGUCUAAAGCUAAUGUAUGAUAAGUACCAGUCAAUUCCCUCGUUCCGAGACAUAGAUUGGACAUACAUACAAAGUCUCAAUAGGCCAUUUUACAGUUACCUAUGGAAGCGAGGCUGGAUUUGACCUUUUUUUGAUACAAACCUUCCUGCUUUAUUAUGUAAAUCAAGUUAUUCUUAUGCCAACUAGUAUUUUUCGUGGACAAUUUCCAUAACAAAGAAAAGGAGGUUUGUAUCAAAACAAGGUCACUAUCAGCCUCACAUUCACUCGAAGGCUAGGGUACUAAGUCCACAACUGUUAAAUGGUCUGUUCCAAAACUGCCUUCCCCCCACCCCCAAAACCCCCCAACCCCCCAACCCUUGUCAUACCCUGGACAUUUGACUGAAGUUUUGCUCUGCACUUGACCCAAGUGAGGCCUGCCUGGUCAGAUAUUUAACUUUCAUGUCGAAACACUGAUCAGCAUCGCAAGCAAAAGGAUUUCAUAAUUCUUUCAUUGUGCACGUGCGUCGGGUUCACGGGUCACUGCUCCAAUGUUCAUUGCACCAUCUUGUUAUGGGCAUUUGAGAGCCUCUGAAAAAUCUCAUGCUUCAAUUUAGAAGCACUAGCCCAUAGGGCAUUUGACCAUCUAAACUGCCAAAUUUUGACCCAAAUUUUUCUGAAGUCAAAUGCCCAGGAGGGAGGGCAUGGGUGGUUUUGGAAUUGACUGGGACAUAAAAGCAGGCUUUGGGGUGUGUUGGGUAGGGCCUGAACAAUCGAUGAACUGAAUGAUCGAUGACAAUCGGUAUCAAUAACUGAUAUAGAUUAUAUGUUAAUCAGUAAUCAAUUGAUAUUGUUAGUCAAUGUUUUUUUGUGAGUAUUGAGUGUCAUUGGUUAUCCAUUUCAUUAGUAAUCAGUGGGAAUUGAUCAACAAAUAACAUCAAUUUUCAUUGAUUAUGUUUAUCACUGAUUACUAAUACAGUACACAUUUUGAUGACAUUACAAGAAUCUCUGGCUUAAUUGCACUAUGAUUCCUGGAACAAGAUUUUUACUUUUCUAAAAACCAGACUACUACUUUUAAUGUCUGCCAAACUUGAAAUUAUAUUAAUCUGAAGUUACUCUAAACCACUCUUGGAAAUUACACAUAGUAAACGUGUUUUCUUAUCUGUAUUGUAGAUCAAUUCUAUACUGAAUGUUGGAGAGUCAGCUUAUUCUCAGAUUCAAAAAAUGAAAGGUCAGGAUGACCCAGAAGAUCUAAACUGGAAAAGAAAUGUAAUGUAUUUUAUUAUUAUUGUUAUUAUUUUUUCAUGUAACUGGUAUAUCAUAUAAUUUUAUUCACACUUUCUGUCAUUUUCUCAAGUAGAUCAUAACUCAUUUUAUGAUAACUUAUUAAUCUCUCAGUGACUGAUUGGUCGAGGGCUAUGUUUGAUAAGAGUACAAACCCUGAUAUGAUGUGAUGGUGGCACAGUUUAUUUUUGUCUUUCUCGUGCACCAAAUUUUCUCAAGAAACUUUAAUGGAAAUGGACAUGAAAACUGCCAUUCAACAAUAAUUUUCCACAUUCUGUACUCUUAUCGACCAUAGAAAUGACAUCAAAAUGUUCAAAACUUUGCAGUGAAACCACUCGCCCACAGCUUGUGUUUCCACUUGAGUUUUGAACAUUUUCAUGCCAGUGCUACUUGGUUCCUCCGUACUUGCCAGUCACUCUUGGGAUGGACACCCAGUUGGCUGGUAAAGCACCAGUAGAGCAUAUGCUGGCCCCGAAGGCAUGUGUUCAUGUGAAGGCAAUGUUGUUAAUUUAAUUGCCUUUAUUUUUCUUGGGCCGGUUUGCUAUUUUGUUGUUGUUGUCCUUUUAGUUUUAUAAUACUUAAUAGUUCACUCAAGAGGAGAAUUUUAUAAAGGUUUUGGAGAAGUCCCAUAGAGAUUAGCCUGUGAGCUGGAGACGUAUUUGCGGUCGUCGCUUCUCCCACCUCAGCGGAUGAAACUAGAGCCGAAAAAACAGGAUGCUCUCAGGCUACAUAGAGAUUUCUAUUUCCGCUUUUAGGGAUUCCUGUUGCUAAGCUUAGCUCUUAGACAGUUGGGAAAAUCCCGGGAUUUGCUGACGGGACAACUAAGAGGUCUGGGUUUCACGACUUUGUUGGUCAUUGAGAACCUGGUUGGUAAACGGGGAGGGGUGAUAAUUUCCUGAAGUCGGACAUUAUCUGUCUUAAUUGUUGGAGUGCUUAUACAUGCAACCUACAUUUACUUUUGACUAUAUCAUAUAAUACAAGGAUGCAAUAUAAAGUGGAUAUUUUUCUUUAUUUUCAGCCUUCUGAGCCAAAGAUCAAGUCUAGUAGGAUGCUACUUCUUGAACUGACAGAUGGAACACAGACUGUAUUUGGCAUGGAAUACCAACUGAUUCCAGCUCUCAAAGUUAGCACACCUCCUGGAACAAAGGUUGUUGAUUUAUUCGACAUGCAUUUUCUAGGGCUGGUCUGCUAAUUCUUUGUUUCAGUUAACAAUAUUGUAGUCCAAGUGUACAAAUUGUCAUGUUCAGAGUAGCCAGCCCUUAAUGAGAGCCUGAGCUAGGGAUGGCACAGUGGUGACAGCGCUCGCCUCCCACCAGUGUGGCCUAGGUUCAUAUUCAGGCGUCGACACCAUAUGUGGGUUGAGUUUGUUGUUGGUUCUCUCCCUUGCUCCGAGAGGAUUUUCUCUGGGUACUCCGGUUUUCCCCUCUCCUCAAAAACUAACAUUUCCAAAUUCCAAUUCGACCAGGAAUCAGGUAGAUGAAGAACCACUUUGUGGAUGUGCUACCUCCAAAUCGUCAUUAUUUAUUAUUUAUUUAUUUAUUUAUUUAUUUAUUUAUUACCAUUUACUGCUUUUCUCAGAUACAAGUGAGUGGAAACAUACCUUGCCGUCUGGGAGCAUUGCUACUUACAGCUAGCAAUGUUAGAGUUUUAGGUGGGAGUGUGCAGAUGUUGGAAGGAAACUCUUAUUGGAAUGUCCUUCAUCAGGCCAUGUAGGUUGUUUAUGAAAAAAUAGAAUAAUUCUUCUGAUUAUUUGCCUAUGUUUUUUGUUUGUUAAGAUUUUGAAAAUUAACCAGUAAUAAUCAUUAUGAUUUCCAAGUGCACAUUCAGAGCUUUUUUGAAUAACCACAUAAGGUUGCUUUUUUAGAUAAAAUUUCAGCAAUGAGGAAGAAUUUUGACGUCUGCACUUUUUCAAAUUUUUUGUUUGACAUACACCCGCCUCACACCUAAAGGUUUUUUCAUUCACCUCUGAUACAGAUUAAAUUUCAUAAGUAUUACAUGUUCUCUAAGACUCUAUUUUUCUCUCAUAGAGGGCAAGACCCACCUGAGCAGCCUGGUAUGAUAAAAACAGAAAACAUAGACAAUGAGGAGCUAACUCUUGAUACAGUAAACACUGAAAAUAGUACAGCUGGAGAUUUCAUUAAUAAUAAUCAGCGGCCACUUGUUAAGACAGAGACUCGCACAAAUUCUUCGUCUGUGGGACCUACUAGCAAUAAUCAGAGGAACAACACAAGAAACAUUUCUAAUUGUGGAGGGAGAUCAGUUAUUAAACAAAAAAGACAAAAUGAAAGUAGAAUGGUCAAUGGUACUGUGUCUGCAAAUUCCCGCAGUAAUAUUAAAGUUGAAGAUGUGAGCAAUCAAGAUUUCUUUGAUGAUGAUGAUGACAUAAUUGCCGCUAUUGCAGAUGAAGAUUAUUUUGGCGUUGAUGAAGACUUUGACAUGGAACAGAUAGAUCAGUUAGGGUUAGGACUGCAAAGUGCAAACGACACUGUUACGGCAAAAAGGAAACCAAAUGCUAGCACAAGAAAUGUUCAAAAUGUCGAUGUGGAGAUGUUGUGUGAUGGUGAUGACAUUUUUGAGGAUGAUUUUGUUCCAAAUGAAUUGCUUGUGGAGGAUGAAGAAUAUAUGGAAAUAAAACCUCUUCAACAAAGAAUUGGAAUGUUGCAUCAAUCAAAGAAAGCAAGAAUAACUUCCCUGGAAUCCAGCAGUCAUGUUAGGAAUUUAAGUUCUUCAGAUUCUUCUUAUCACAGAGUAGAGGCAAACAGAAAUUCUUUGCAAUCAAAUGAUGUUACCUCUGUCAAGACAGAAACAAACUAUCCUAUUUGUCGUGAUUUGAUGAACACAGAGCCUUUGUCCUCAACAAAAGCAAAAGGCAUAAUUGCAAAACCCUCUGAGGUCUCAAAAAAGGCUUCACCAUUUCAAGUGAAGAGGGGUAUUGACUCCACAAUGAUCACUGACAAUGUUCCUCACGCCAGUCACCCAUUUCACAUCCUUGAUGAUGAAUCAAAGCAUUUUGAAGUACAAGGUAAGUGAAUGGCACCAAGCACAUUCAACGUUACAUUUCUACAGAUGUUCUUGUCGAUAAGACAUUAAAAAUCCAUUUAGGUCAGACAUUUAUCUAACAGAUAUCACACUCUGCAUUAAGCCACCUGAACCCCUCUUAGGCUCUUAUAUUAGCUUCUUUAGCAUUCCCUCAAUAAUUUUGCUGUAGAUCCUUUAUUAUUAUCAUUAUUUUUAUUAUCUUUAUCUUUAUCUUUAUCUUUAUCAUUAGCAUUAUCAUUAUCAUUAUUAUUAUUAUUAUUGUUGUUGUUGUUGUUGACUAUUCUUUAUGCACACUAUACUUAACUUGUAGAUUUGGAAUAUAAUCCACCUCCCUUUGAGUACCUAUCAAAUGUUUUGAAAAGAUUUCCAGUCAAGGAACAACUGAUUGUUAGAGUCAAGGUUGGUGUUUUUACAUCGUGGAUUACUAUCCGACAGUCAGGUUUCCUUAAUUUGUAGGUUUGGUCUGAAUUUAAUCCUAUCUAGCUUGUAGUGCAUCUUAUUUAUUUUUGUUUCAAAUUUUGUCCCUGCAGUUUGAAGAUGCUAAAUGACCAUUUAUUUCUAGGGGUGAGGGGAAGGUAAAACAUUUUGUCUGAUUUGUCUGCAAGGGGCUGCAUCCAUUUUGAGGUGUAAAGGAAGUCUUUAACUGCAUGAUUCCUUCCACUUCCUCCCAUCAGGGGAUUGCCCAAGUCCCAAAACCACAAACCCAGAAAGGAAUUUGCCAGUGCUGAUUUUGUUUACCGUCUGCCCAAACUGUGACCCAACCAGUUAAAGCUAAGCUUUUUCUUUUGUAAUAGGCUCAAUUUCUGCCCCUCUCUUGGGUCAAGUGAAGCUCAUUUCCAGGACAUCCCUUUUCACCAUAUCAUCAUUAUUUUCUUUUCUUAGGCUUAUAUUGCCACCAUUGUUUCUCGUUCCAAACCAAUGUCACCAAACUGGAAUGUCACUGUGAAACUGAAUGAUGGAACAGAUACUGUGGAUGCUGAUCUCAGUGACAAGGUUAAAAAAACAAGAUGUUUUACAAUUAUUGAAAAAAUGAGUUAAAACAAAAAAUAAUAGCUUGAAAAGGUUUUGUGGUGUGAAUGUUUCUUUGGUCCAUAAUUACGUGUUUCUGAACCUAUAUUAAUACCAGUUAUUUAAGACCUCUUUCAGGAAGAGAGAAUAAAAAUCAAUUAAAACUGGCUAUAGAGUUUUACAACUAAAAAACCUGGGUUUUAUAGGGAGGGAAAGAUUCUUCAAGUGGCAUUUGAGAAGUGCAUGAAUUUUGCUGGAAUGGACAUUGGAGAGAUCAUACAUGACAUAAAGGCCUUUAAAAAGUAUUUCACUGAUUUUCACGUAGCUAAAGUGUUGUAGGUUAUUAUAUUCGUAAUUAUUGUAUCUUCAGGUCCUUUCUGAGUUGAUGGAAUUUCCAGUGGAUGAAUAUCGAGUAAGUAGGCCUUGA